AUGGUACUCAUUAUGGAAUUGAUUAACAAUAUUGCCAAAGCACAUGGGGGCGUAUCUGUAUUUGGCGGAGUCCAUUUUCUGAAAGAUCCUGGCUUUCGUACUUUGGUCGCCUGUCCAUUCUUUUCAAGCUUUCGACGGAGACUAGCGGAUGAGGAUAAUUAUAGUGCGGCGGCACUCGGACGGCUGCGAGCAGCGACGACGAUGGGUUUUCGGGUUGUGGCAAUCCGCGGUUGCGAGCGUCGGCGGCAAAUGGCAACCGGCGAGCGUCGACGGCUACCUGUGCUCACCUCGUACUCUGUUUUUCUGCCAUUUGUGGUGGGGGUCCAAACAGAAAAGUUUUGA